AUGUCAUCAAGAGUCCAUUUUAAAGGCUAUAAGGAGAAGGUUACAAAUGUGGACUUUUCAGCCUUGAAGGCAGUGGUGAAGCUUGCUGAGCCCUAUACCUGUGAAUCUGAAGUGAACACUUUUACCUUGGAAUGUAUGAAAGAGCUUCUCGAACUGAAGGAGUUCCAAUUGCCCCUGCAGGAGUUGUGGGUUGUAUUUGAUGACUCUGGAGAAUUUGACCAGACAGCACUUGCAAUUGAGCAUGUCAGGUUUUUCUACCAGUACAUUUGGAGGAGUUGGGAUGAAGAAGAAGACGAUGAAUAUGAUUAUUUUGUCAGAUGUGUUGAACCCCGAUUGAGAUUGCAUUAUGACAUUCUUGAAGAUCGAGUUCCUUCAGGACUUAUUGUUGACUACCGCAAUUUGUUGACUCAGUGUGAAGAAAGUUACAGGAAAUUUUUAAACCUAAGAAGCAGUUUGUCAAAUUGUAAUUCAGACUCUGAGCAGGAAAAUAUCUCCAUGGUGGAAGGAUUAAAAUUAUAUUCAGAGAUUGAACAGUUCAAACAAAAGCUAAAACUCAUUGAGAAUCCUUUGUUGAGAUAUGUUUUUGGUUAUCAGAAGAACUCUAAUAUCCAAGCGAAAGGUGUCCGUCCAAGUGGCCAGAAGGUUACCCAUGUGGUCUCCUCCACUAUGAUGUCUGGUUUGCUGUGGUCUCUACUCAGGGACAGGCUUUGUGGGGAACCGUUUAAGGAAGAUACCGAAAUUCAGUUCCAUAGUGAUCCAUUGUCUGCUAUAAAUGCCUGCUAUGAAGGUGACACUGUUAUUGUUUGUCCUGGCCAUUAUGUGGUACAUGGCACAUUCUCCAUUGCUGACUCAAUUAAAUUAGAAGGAUAUGGUCUACCAGAUGAUAUUGUAAUUGAAAAGAGGGGUAAAGGAGACACUUUUGUGGAUUGCACAGGUGUGGAUAUUAAAAUUUCCAGCAUAAAAUUUGUUCAGCAUGAUGCAGUAGAAGGAAUCUUAAUUAUUCACCGUGGCAAGACUACAGUGGAAAACUGUGUACUACAAUGUGAAACUACAGGUGUCACAGUACGAACAUCAGCAGAAUUUCUAAUGAAGAACUCAGAUUUAUAUGGUGCCAAGGGAGCUGGUUUAGAAAUAUAUCCUGGGAGUAAAUGUAUCCUGAGUGACAAUGGGAUCCAUCACUGCAAAGAGGGGAUCCUCAUCAAGGAUUUCUUAGAUGAGCAUUAUGACAUUCCUGAAAUAUCCAUGGUAAAUAAUGUUAUACAUAAUAAUGAAGGUUACGGUGUUGUUUUGGUGAAACCUACAAUUUUCUCUGAAUUGAAAGAAAAUGACCAAGAUGAUACUGAAGGAAAUGAAGCAAUUAAGAUUCAAACAAGUAGAGAGGCAGGUACAGCUGGAAGAGUGGAUCUAGAGGAGCUGAUUCAUUGUGCAACUGACAAGAAGGAGAUUUAUGGAAUUGCUGCUGACCUUUCUAAACAAGUUGAGGGAAAUUGUGAAAUUAUAAAUGAGCUAGUUGCUGCCUCCACACAAAAAGGCCAGAUGAAGAAGAAAAGGUUGAGUGAACUGGGCAUCACACAAGCUGAUGACAACUUAAUGUCACAGGAAAUGUUUGUUGCAAUUGUGGGGAACCAGUUUAAGUGGAAUGGGAAAGGGAGUUUUGGCACAUUUCUUUUCUGACCACGGUUAUGUAAAUAGCUAACAAAAUGUUGGAUUUUGCACAUGCUGCUCAUGUAGUUGCUUCAUGUCUGUAUUUGAUAUAUGGGUUGGACUUGAGUGACAUGUAGACUUCUACCUGGAAGUAUUGCACAUAAAGCAGUCCUUUGC